AUGUCUUGUUCACCACCGUGCAGCAGCAGCCUAGUAGGCGGCAUGAGUGCAGGGUCCAAGAAGUUCAGGCAUGCGAUCCUCAAGAACCUGCUACUAGGGCUCAGGAAGGGCGGUGCUGCGUCGUCGUCGAGGGGCAUGAGCCUCCACGAGAGAAGGGACGCCGUCAGGCAUGCCGCCGACGCCGCCCUCGCCUCCGCAAGGGGCGCCACGCCGCGCUGGAGCCGGGCCUUGGUGGCGGAGCUCUCGUCGUCCCAACACGGCCGCCGCCGGCCCACCAGCUGGACCGACGACGCACACCACCUUGUCGACGUUCCUGCCACAAGUGCACGGCCUUCGGGUCAAUGCAAGUCGUCGCCGCCGUGCAAGAUGGUGAUGGCCGGCUGCAAGAAGAUGAUCUCGAGGAGGCGGCUCCGGGCGAGGCCCAAGAGCAGCGCCACGGCCAGAGCGGCAGGCGCUGUCGCGAGGGUCAUGGCGAGGAGGCGGGCCAGGGUGCUGAGGGAGAUGGUGCCCGGAGGGAGAGGGAUGGUGGACGAGUGCACGCUGCUGGGUGAAACCCUAGACUACGCCGUGUCUCUCAAAGCUCAGGUCGAUGCGAUGCAGCUCCUGUUGAGGACUCUCCAGGCCCCCAAGAACCCUUUGCUGAAGCCGCAGCAGUGA